CAUUAACUUAUAAGUUUUUAACUAUUAAAUUAUUAUUAAGUACCCAUUAUUCUGUUUAAUAGAUAUAGUAGACUGAAAAUAGCUUAAUAGUUUUCAUAAUAUAAUAUUAUUUUGUUCCGAGUGAUAUUUUGUUAUAGGUUCUUGUAAAUAUUGUCUCAACCAUUUCAUACAUUCAUUGUAAUGUGUACUUAAGUUUUAUUAAUUGACGAUUGUAUUAUCUGAUGAAUAUUUAUACAGAUUAUUCUCAAAAAUGUCCAGAUUGCCACAAAUGUUUUUAUUCUGCUACAUCAUUAUUAGUACAUUUUUUUAGUCACGUUGGUGAAGAAAAAUUAGUUGAUGGCGAUAAUAAUGAAAAUAGUUCAACUUCUAAAAAAAAACCUGCAGAAACUAGCAAUUAUGGAUCUUCUAAACCAUUAAAUUUGACAGUGGGCGAAACUCUUAAUCCUUGGAAAUAUUGUUUGGCCACAUAUGAAGAAAAUAAUGAUAAUCCAGUUAAACCAUUAAAAAAAGUAACUAAAAAAAAUAAAGAAAAAGACAAGACUUUUGAGUGUAGUUUGUGUAAUAAAAAAUUUGGGUGGACAACUGAUCUUAAAAGGCAUUUACUCAUUCACACAGGAGAAAGGCCUUUUAAGUGUAAUUCAUGCCAAGCAGCAUUUACAAGAAACUUUUUACUCCAAAAACAUUUUGCUCGAGCUCAUAAAAAGGUAUCUGAAGAUGAAUCGAAAAAGUUGGAGAACCAUGUACAUGCUAAUGUUACUGAAAUAAAAUUAAAAAUGAAGGAACUAGAGUGCCAAAAGGAACAUAAAAACAUACUGGUCGACAACCAAUUUAUGUCCGGCGGUGCGCAUCCCCCCAAUUUGCCAUUGUUAGCGUGAUCACGUGGUUCUCGACGUAACAAUUGAAUCAUUCGACAUGCGCGAAAGCGGUAUGUUCUCUUAUGAAAAGGAGUAUAGUUAUGGUAUAAAUUACUUAAAAAAAUUUUUUUUUAAUUUAUUUGUAGAGGGAGGUUGUACCACAACUCUGUGAAUCUUAAUUAAAUUUAGGUAGUUUUAAGAUUAAAAACCCCAUACCUAUCUUGAAUUCAAGUAAAUAAUAUUGAAACUAGUAAUUCAUAAUACAUCAAUAUUAAUUUUUUUAAUGAUUUCAUGAUGAUUAUUAAUUAUAUAGAUAUUAUUCUUAGUGAAUUGCAUAAACCAGAUAAAAUAAUAAAAUAUUUAGGACGUGUAACAGUUAGGUACCUAGUCCAAUUUCAGAUAUUUCAUUACGUAGAAAUGUAAUAUAGAUUAUUAUCUAAACUAUCCUAAUUUUACUUGUAUAAUAGAGUAGGAAAAGUUUCUUCAAAUAGUAUUUAUCAAAGUUAAAAAUAAUAACUAAGGCUCUAAUUUAUAUGCCCUAAUGGCUAAAACAUAUCGAAAAAUGCAUAAAUGACCUAAUACU